AUGAAGAAACAAGGAAAUGGUCACUUCCCAGAUGAUUGCUGGGAACUUAUAUUUCAAAAACUUAGAGAAGAUGAUGAUUGCGACUUGGAUUCGAUAUCUUUGGUCUCAAAGCGAUUUCUUUCUAUAUCCAAUCGGGUGAAGCUUAACUUAAAGGUAGAAGGCGUCACACUCCCUCUACUAGAGAAUCUUCUUCAAAGAUUUCCACACAUCAAAAGAAUAGUCAUCAACACUUAUGCCCAGAAAGACACAGAUGGGCUGGUUGAUAAGAUUGCAGAGUUCGGAGUGUUGAAUCUCGAAGCCAUAAAAUUUGGUGGUUGGACAGAACCUCCGCGAGAUGGUUUUACAGCACUGGCGUUCAAUAACAAUGUAAAGAACACUUUGAAGGUAUUGGAUUGCUCUGGACUGAUCUAUAUGCAAGACAACGAUUUGGUUUUGAUAGGAGUUUGUUUCCCGCGGCUAGAGGAAUUAAGGAUUAGUGUGCGUAACUCUACAGCCUACGAUAUGGCUGCGGCAGGUAUAAGUUGUAUAACUGAUGAUGGUGUUGAUGCAUUGGCAUCGAAGCUUAAAGAGUUGAAGCAGAUUGCAUUUACUGGUAAUGCUUGUUUCAUAACUGAUAAAUCGCUUAUUUCUCUUUCCACAAAAUGUAUAAAACUAAGGAAAAUCAGUCUUCGCAUAUGGGGCAUCAGUCAACAUCGUGUGACUGGAGAUGGAAUUGGUUUUGUGAUGCAGCAUAGUCCCAAUUUGACCUCUCUCUCGCUACAACUGUGGUCAUCAAACUCAUCACAACAUUCUGCAUUCUCUUUUCCAGUGGAAAACGCGUUCACCAAUGCCAAAAAUCUGUAUUCUCUCACCAUGAGUCGAGAUCUCAUUUCGGACAAGCAUAUUUGUUUACUCGCAAAAGCACGUCCUCCAUUAAAAAAGCUCAAGUUCAUUGUCAUCAAGGACCAGUAUUCUGAAAUCCAUGGUGGAUUAAAAAUGCUUUUGCAAGUGUGUCAACUGACACUGGAAAAGUUAACCCUAAGGGGGUGGCCACUCACAGACACAAGUAUGGACGAUUUAGCAAAGUAUCUCUCUAAUCUAACUUAUAUAAAUCUGGAUUCUUCGAUUGGGUUGACUAGUAUCACCUUUUACAACCUCACAAAAAGUUGCCCUUUACUUGAAACACUUAAGAUGGCACACACGAGAGGACAAGAGAUGGAUAAUUUUUCUCCAAAUUAUUUGCAUGAACACUAUUGUAUGCGACACCUUGAUAUUUGCGGGAAUAGUUGGUUGAUUGAUAUGACACUCCAGAACAUUGGGCAAGUUUGUCCAAAUCUUCAGUUCCUUGAUGUAAGUCAUUGUCUCCACCUCUCCUAUUUUGGCAUUGGAGAAGUUUUGAGGAGAUGCCCCGCCAUAACGCAACUGCAUAUUGAUUGUCUUGAGGUUUCAGAUGUUUUUGGAUGCUGUUCUGACUAUUCUGCAGUGAAUUUGAAGACUUUGAAAGCUAAUGUGCCACGACUUAAUGACGAUGGAAUGGCAAUGAUUGGAAAUAAGUGUCGAAAUCUCCAAUAUUUGCACAUUGGAUUUUGCGAAGAAGUGACAGAUAAAGGGGUAAUGGAGGUGGUGAGGAAUUGUGAAAGACCGCGAGAAAUAACUCUAAUUGGGUGUAAAGAAGUGAGUGAACAGGUGAUAAACAGAGCCUUGUCCUUCGGAUGCCGGCUUGUCAAACUUUCAUGA